CCAGUGGGGAGAAGAUGGCCGUCCAUUUCAUUUUCUCUUUUAUACUGGCAAACAGUCGUAUUAUUCAUUAAUGCAUGAAGCAUAUGGAAAGCUACUAGAAGCAGAAAAGCAUCAGAACCAGUUGCAAGCCAAAGGUUUAUUUUCAGAAAAAACUAAAACCAAAGACCUGAUUGGCAGCAGAUGGCUGAUUAAGGAGGAACUAGAAGAAAUGUUAGUGGAAAAACUGUCAGAUCAAGAUUAUGCACAGUUCAUUCGGCUGCUAGAAAGGUUAUUGACACUGUACAGUGGUGCCGAAGAAGAAUUUGUGCAGAGAUUCCGUAGGAGUGUAACUAUUCAAUCAAAAAAACAGCUGAUUGAACCUGUGCAGUAUGAUGAGCAAGGAAUGGCCUUCAGCACCAGCGAAGGUAAAAGAAAGAGUGCAAAAGCGGAAGCAGUUGUUUAUGAGCAUGGAAGUGGAAAAAUAAAAGUAAAUGGAAUCGAUUAUCUGCUUUACUUCCCAGUGACACAAGACAGGAAGAAGAAGAAACGUGGCUGUCCGCAGAGCGUUCUCGACAUCAGAGACACCAGGAGUUGUUCCUCUUACAGAGAACAGUUGAUGUUCCCCUUCUGCUUCCUUGACCGGCUUGGAGAACACGACGUGACCUGCACAGUCUCGGGGGGUGGGCGGUCGUCCCAGGCUGGAGCCAUACGCCUGGCGGUGGCAAGAGCCUUGUGCAGUUUUGUCACCAAGGAAGAGGUCGAGUGGAUGAGACAAGCUGGACUGCUGACUGCUGAUCCACGUGUCAGAGAACGGAAGAAGCCAGGCCAAGAGGGAGCCCGCAGAAAGUUCACCUGGAAGAAGCGCUGAGUGUUCUUUCACGGGCGAGGAGAGGAAACGCCGUGUAUAUGUGCUUGGCAUGCGGCAGACAUACAAUAAAUAUUUGCUGGCCAGUGUGAGGGCAACACUAUCAGGCA